UCGGCCGCCAUUUUAGUGCGUCGGCCGCAACUUUAGCCGGCAAGAUGGCGGACAGCGCGUGAGUGUCUUUUUUAAAACAGGGCUGAAAAUUUGCGGCGCCGAGAUUCGCAGUUUUCUCGAGUUAAACCGAGGAUGGUGGCGCUUCUCCGGGACUCAAGAGCAUCGCCGUCCAUAUAAAGGUGCCCCCUACGAGAGCAGGAUGUCGACAGAGGUCCUGAGGCCUGAACCCGUCGCCGGGGGUAGCAGAAGCGGAGGUGGAAAGCUGGGAGUGCUGAUCAAUAAACUCCAUGAAUUUCUGGCGGUGUCUACAGAGCAAGGCAGUGAGCACAGCCUGCCUGGACACUGGAGUGGUGCAAUGGCCAAGGAUUUCGUUGAGCAGCAGCAGCAGGCGGCAGCACAGGCCGCAAAAGAGUACGUUUAUUUUUCUGUGUUUUCAGCCCAGCGGCUCCUCAGAGACUAAGCCAGCCCCCGCGCCGCGUUCCAAAAGGAAGCCGCUGGUGGUGACUAAGCACAGCGGGCUGAACGAGUCAGACGUUUCUUCUGAAAGCGAAACAGAGGAGGUCUUGUCCAUCAACUCCAGCGAGCCAGACACAACCUGCCUGCCCAAAGGUACUGUUUUUGUGCUGCCGGAGCCUGUGGGCAACGAAGUUCGCGAUGAGUUCCGCGGGCCAGAGUUCCGCAGUAAACGAGUCUACAAGCAGAACAGAGACGUUUCAGACAGACGCAAAGUCGGGUAUGACACGGAGAGAGUGAACUGUACAGCUUGCGGUCAGCAGGUGAACCAUUUCCUGAGAGACUCUGUCUACCAGCACCCGGCUCUGAAAGUACUUAUCUGCAAGUCAUGUUUUAAGUACUACAUGAGUGAUGACAUCAGUAAAGACGCAGAGGGGAUGGAUGAACAGUGCAGGUGGUGCGCAGAGGGAGGCAGUCUGAUAGGCUGUGAUUACUGCAGUAAUGCUUUCUGUAAGAAGUGUGUCCUGAGGAACCUGGGGAGGAGGGAGCUGUCAGCCAUUCUGGAGGAGGAGCGGAAGUGGUACUGUUACGUGUGUAGCCCAGAACCGCUCAUGGACCUUGUGCUUGCCUGCGACGCGGUUCUGCAGAACCUCGAGAAGAUCUGGGCCCGGAAACGAUCCAACGAACGAGGCAACUCCAUGGGCCGAGGCAUGGGGGGCGGAGGCCGCGGGAGGCCGAGAGGCGGCCGCAGCGUAAUGGGACCGGGGCUUCCGGUGGGCAUGGCGCCCUCUCAGGGGCUCUGCCAGCGCAUGCAGCGAGUGGUGGAAAUGACUGCGUCACUGAACCAGUCUUUCACGGCCUUCAUGCAGAGCGAAAAGGACGAAGAGGCCAGUGAGGAAGAGGACGUAGAGAGAGCCAGGAGGCUGAUGAUGUUUCGCACAAUACUGCGGGACCUGCGUGAGGCACAGGGCGAGCUGCAGAACGCACUGGAUCGAGAGUUGGGUGCGUCCAAACCAGCCGGCGCCGGGUCGAAGGCGAGAGGUCGACCACGGAAGGGUGCAGCCACCAGGGGUGCGGGGAUCACGAAGGAACUGGUGGUGAAACUGACGCCGGUACCGUUACGCCGCGCCCCUAAUGCUAACGCUAACUCUAACGUUAGAGCUCCUACCUCUACGAAGGCUGAAGCACAGGCCACACGGAGAGCGAAGGAGGAGCAGGUGAAAAGAGCCGAGGUGGAGGUGCGAGAGAGGACCGACGGAGGGGUCGGGAUGAAGGAGGAGGAGGAGGUGGUGAAGGUGGAAGAUGUUGAUGAAGAGACGGCCGACGUGGUGUUGGUGGAUAAUUCUGAGGAUGAGGAGGAUGAAAGCGAAGAUUUGACGUUAGCAGAAGCGAACAAACGCUCUCCCCGCGUGAAGACGACGCCGCGGCGACGGCGCACGGACACGGCCGCUGUCGCAACGCACACUCAUCUGGCGGAGGACUCCGAUUCCGAUGAAGUUCCCGCCGUGUUGCUGCAGACCACAGCUGGCGCGACCAGCGACGAAGAAGGUGCGGCCGACAGCGAUGGAGCAAACCAGGAGGUUCGGAAGAAGUGUCUCUUCGGCUUGGUGAAAACUACGCCGCCCUGCCAAGACAGAAACUCACGAAAACGUAAACUAAAAGAGAGGUCGUCGUCGUCGUCGUCUUCCUCCUCCUCUUCAACUUCCGCUUCAAGUGGUUCAGGAUCAAAGGUCAGGAGACCCGUGGUUCACCCGCAUAAGGUCCCUAAGACGAUGGCCGAUAGCGAGAGUUUGUCGAGUGAUCUUGGGGGACAGGAAAUCGAGAGUGGGCGGAGCAGUGACUCGGAGUAUCAGGACCAGAAGAUUAAGCCCUUGAGUGACGUCACGCUACUGGCGUCAGGAACAUUCCACCAACAGUCCUCUGGAGAUGAAAUGGAAGCCCAGCCCAGUCCGUCUCUGGUCCUGGAGGAGGAUGAUGUUGAGAAUAGAAUUGCUAAGCAGAUUCUUUUGGCUCAGAUCAGAGCCAAUCUUUCCUCCGAGUCUGACCAGGAGAGCUCGUCUGACGACAGCGAGGGACCAGAGAGCGAGGACGAGGAGGGGCUGAGGAAGAACAUUGACGAGGAGAAGAAUGGAAACUUGACUGAUAGCAGUGGCCCCACUGAUGAUAACUCUGAUCCUGAUAGUCCAACUUCAAGAUCACUGACCCGUCACCACCUGCUGAGCUGUGGUCUCGCCCCACCAGAGGCGGAGUCUAAAGACAAUAAUAAGGAUCCCGACAAUCAGGAGAAGAAAACGAGGCAGGACAAAGAGCUGAUUGUUGUGAGCAGUGAUGAUCAGGGUUCAGCCAGUGAGGAGUCAGCUUUGAGUGAGGAGCUCAGCCAAUCAGAGGAUGAAGACAAAAGUCCUAAAGGGAAUAAUUCAGCCAGUGAUGGUGGAGCUCUCACACCUAAUCAACAGGAUGCUGGUGGUGAUGAAGGUGAAGAUGUUAAGAAUGCUGAAGACGUCAGCGGUACUCCUAAAGGUCGGAAAAAGAUCCGGAGGAUCAUGGAGGUGGGACAGCUGGCCAAGGAGACACAGGAGGCGCUGAGGGAGGAGGAGGAGAGGAGAAAGAGGCUAGCGGAGAGAGACAGACAGAGGCAGCAAGAGGAGAGCAGAGAACAAGGCAAAGAUGACGAGGUCAUGAUAGUGUCUGAAAGACCUGCCCCUGACCUCGCCCCUCUGGUCCUAGAGCAAGAUGAUGCAACACGUAAAGCUCUUGUGCAGGUGGAUACACACCUGUUGAGUAAACUGAAACCUCACCAACGAGAAGGUGUGCAGUUCAUGUGGGACAGCUGUUGUGAGUCAAUUGUGAAGGUGAAAGAGUCUCCUGGUUCCGGCUGCAUUCUUGCCCACUGCAUGGGCCUUGGAAAAACACUACAGGUCAUAGCGUUCCUGCACACAGUGUUGUCCUGUGAGCUGGUGGCGCUGAAGACGGCGCUGGUGGUUUGUCCGCUAAAUACAGUCCUGAACUGGAAGGCAGAAUUUGACAAAUGGCAGAGUGGCAUUAAAACACACAAGCUAGAGGUGAUUGAGCUUGCUACAGUGAAGUCGGUGCUCUGUCGAGUGGACGCUUUGACCAGAUGGCAUAGGAAAGGAGGUGUGAUGAUCGUGAGCUACGAAAUCUACCGCAUCCUCACGCAUGGGCGGCAAGCCAAAUAUGCCAAACACCAGCAGAGUUUACGAACAGCACUGCAGAAUCCAGGUCCAGAUGUGGUCAUUUGUGAUGAAGGUCACAUCCUGAGGAACGAUGCGACGGGCAUUUUUAAGGCCAUGAGCUCCAUACGCACACGCCGGAGAAUUGUCCUAACGGGGACGCCGCUCCAGAACAAUCUCACAGAGUAUCACUGUAUGGUAAAUUUCACAAAGCAGAACCUGCUGGGUUCUCUGUGUGAGUUUAGGAACCGCUUCAUUAACCCCAUCCAGAACGGCCAGUGUGCUGACUCCACCCCUUCUGACGUCCGACUGAUGAAGAAGCGAGUCCACGUCCUCCAUGAGCUCCUUGGUGGAUGUGUUCAGAGGCGGGACUAUUCUGUACUGACCCGCUUCCUGCCCCCAAAACACGAGUAUGUCCUGUCGAUCAGGAUGACACCACUGCAGUGUAAACUGUACACACACUACCUACAGAACUAUACAGGAGAAGGAAAUGGAGUGAACAGGUUGUUUCAGGAUUUUCAGAUUUUAAGUCUGAUUUGGACUCAUCCAUGGUGCUUACAGCUCUCUGACCUCAACAAAAGGAACAAGUUAAGAGGGGAAGAUGCUGCUCCGGUCUCCACAGUGACUAUGAGUGGACUGUCAUGUGGGCAGAAAAGCAGUGAAUGUGCGGCAGAGGAGAGGAGGAGCGCUGCCAAUACUGCGGGACCCUCAGAAGUGGAAGUGCAGAGUGUGUUCGGCGGGCCACCAGUAGGCUGGUACAGGGAGUUUGUGAAUGAUGCUGACGCUGCUGUCCUGGAGCAUUCUGGGAAAUUAGUACUGCUGAUGGAGAUACUGCACUUGGCUGAACAGUUGCAGAAUAAAGUGUUGGUGUUCAGUCAGUCUCUAGUUUCACUGGAUCUGAUUGAAAAGUUUCUUGAGUUGGCUGACAAGGCAAAGCGAGAGGGAAAGGAAUCCCUGUAUAAAGGACAGAAGACUUGGCUGCGAGAUAAAGAUUACUACCGCCUGGACGGCUCUACCAGUGCAACAGCGCGCAAGAAAUGGGCUCAGGAGUUCAACAACGUCAGGAACACGCGUGGAAGGCUGUUUCUGAUCUCUACAAGGGCCGGCUCAUUGGGCAUCAAUCUAGUAGCUGCUAACAGGGUUGUGGUGUUCGAUGCUUCGUGGAAUCCUACUUACGACGUUCAGAGCAUCUUCAGGGUCUAUCGCUUCGGACAGACGAAACCUGUUUAUGUCUACCGCUUUCUGGCACAGGGUACAAUGGAGCAGAAGAUUUACGAACGGCAGGUUGCUAAGCAGUCUCUGUCGUCCCGCGUUGUGGACCAGCAGCAAAUCCAGCGACACUUCACACACAGCCAGCUCAGCGAACUGUACCGCUUUCAGCCUGACAAGCACCCUAAAACGCACAACAGCCUGGCCUUGGAUAAGGUGCUGGAAGUGCUUUUAAAGCAGUGUUGGCAGAGCAUAGUGAGUUUCCAUGAACACAAUUCGCUGUUGGACCACAGGAAGGAGGAGGAGCUGAGUGUGGAGGAGAGGAAGGCAGCAUGGGAGGAGUAUCAAGCAGAGGAGACGGCUGCCGUACAGGAUGGAGGUGAGCAGAGUUCAUUCAACAGCCACUGGAAGAAAAACAAGCAAGAGGCCUCUGUACAGGAAGGAGGCCAACAAAGGUUCUUCAACAGCCUCUUUCAGAAAUCCAACAAAGAGCUGGAGGCUAUGUUGAGGAAAGGCCGCUUGGACCUUCAGACGGCUCUGCAGAACAUUGAGUCCCGGAGUCCGGACUUCUUCAUAAGUGAAGUGAUGAAGCACAACCCUUCGCUGAGUGGGGAGCAGAUGAAGCAGAAGGCUCUCCAGGCUCAAAUGAGCUUUGAAAGAGAGAGACAGCGCAAGAUUGAGAAUUACCAGCGCAAACUACAGGCUCAACAAUCACUUAUUCUGGGUACACAGAAGAUUCUGGCUAAAAGAACAGCCUCUACCUCUCCCUCUGCUUCUACUUCUACCUCUACCACCUGCAGUUAAUGAGGCUCAUUACCUGUGCGCAGCAGAUUGUGGCUAAAAGAAUCGACCCCCCCCAACUCUAACCAAGACCUCAGCCAAUAUCCUCAACAACUAACGCCUUCCAGAGAACCAGGGCAAAGUUCUUCAUCCCCGAGAACGAGCGCACUGCCCGGUCCCUCCGUCCUUCCCUCUUCUGUCCAGGACAGCAAGGAGGAGCUGCUGUAGCUUUGAGCUGGUGCUGCUGCACUGAGGAGCUUCUGGGUGCCGUCAGUGUUUUAAAGGGAGGUUCAGUCUGAGAAGUUUAUAACUGAGCAAUGAAGCCAAAUACAGCCUUAAAAAAGAUGGUUCUUUAAUAAAGUUCUGCAUAGAACUGUGAACACUAAGAACACUUUGCAUGAUUAACAGGUUCUUGGCAUUGUGAAAGUGUUCUUCAGUUUGAUGGAGAAUGAUUUGUA